CUUAUUAGGUGUGUGCGGAAGAUGAAACACUUCCCAUGAAGAGAUGCAGGAACUGCUGAGGGCCCGCAGCAAGGAGAGCAGCACGUAGCUGAGAUCAGCGGCGGCGCCGAUGCACCCUGGACAGCCUGGACUCCUCUGGAGAGCUCCUAAUGGUACACAUGGCCAUGCGUGACCUUUUUGUGGCUCUCCUGCUCAUCAUUCUCGCUGGUGGGGCUGAAGGUUUUCGUAUUUGUGCCUUCAAUGCCCAAAGACUGACACUGACCAAGGUGACCAAGAUGUCAGUGAUGGAUAUCUUAGUUCAGAUCCUGGCCCGAUGUGAUAUCGCGGUGCUUCAGGAAGUGGUGGAUUCUUCCCAGAAUAUUGUCCCACUUCUGCUCCGAGAACUUAAAAGAUUUGACAAUUCCCGGAGUUACAACUUCCUAAACAGCUCACUGCUGGGGCGCAGCACAUACAAGGAAAAGUAUGUGUAUAUCUACCGGUCUGACAAGACACAGGUCCUGAAUUUCUACCAGUACAAUGACAUAGAUGACCUUUUCGCCCGAGAACCAUUUGUGGCCCAGUUCACUCUCCCUAGCAAAAUCCUUCCAAGUGUGGUGCUGGUCCCACUCCACACCACUCCUAAGGAUGUAGAGAAGGAGCUGAACGCCCUCUACGAUGUGUUCCUGGAUGUCUCCAAUCGCUGGCAGAAUGAGGAUGUGAUCCUGCUUGGAGAUUUCAAUGCUGACUGUGCAUCACUGACUAAGAAACGUCUCAACAGCCUGCUACUCCGGACUGAGGCAGGCUUUCAAUGGGUGAUUCCCGACGGGGCGGACACUACAGUGCGCGCCAGCACCAACUGUACUUAUGACCGAAUUGUGAUGCAUGGACAGGGCUGUCAGAGACUGCUGAGAGCUGCAGCUCCCUUCGAUUUCCCCAGGAGCUUUCAUCUGACUGAAGAAGAGGCUCUCAGCAUCAGUGACCAUUAUCCUGUGGAGGUGGAACUGAUCCUGGCAGCUCAGGCUAACCUACCCUUCAGUUUGACCACUCUGCUGCUGCUGUCACUCCUGCCAUCUCAGCUGGGUUAGAGGCCAUUAA